GUCUCAGUGAUUUUCGAUCGGAAUUUCGACCCAUAUGCGAAACGGGUUCGCUCUUUUUUCAUGUCUUUUCUUCUUUCUAGCUGAUUGCAAGAAAGUAAAUCGAGAUUUUGACUAUGAAUUGAGCAAGAGAACUCUGGAAUUCGCAGCGGCUGCGUAUUCCAUCGAUCCGGAACCUUGCAUCUCGAAAAACAAUGCGACUUUAUUGUUUUUCAAAAAGGUGGAGUGCGAUUAUAUGCGUGACGAGUGCUGGAGUGUGAUUGCUGCCGACAACGACACAAUAUUCGUCAGUUUCAGUGGAACAAAAUCGAAAGAGCAGCUGGUAACUGAACUUAUCGAAAGCAUUGGUCGGCCAAAGCACAAAUUGCACAAUGCUGGAUCAGUUCAUUAUUACUUCUACUCUGCUCUAAAAACAAUGUGGUCACCAAUGGAAAAACUACUGCGAGGACUGAAAGACUCACUUCCAGAUCAUAAAAUUGUGUUCACAGGACACUCAUUGGGCGGAGCUAUUGCAAGUAUUGCAUCGACUGUUUUCGUUAGAAACUUUCCCGAAACGUCGAGUCGAACCUUUUCAAUCACAUUCGGACAGCCUAGAGUUGGAAAUCUCGAAUAUGCCAUGACACAUGACAAAUUAGUUGCUGGAGGAAGCUGGAGACUGAUUCAUGGAAGAGAUAUUGUUGCACAUAUUCCGUUCUGCGUGGAAAGCUAUGCCAGAUGGUGUAUACCAUUCUACAAUCAUGGAUCCUAUCACCAUGGAGUCGAAGUCUGGUUUCCUGGAAACAUGACAAGUCAAGAUACGUUCAAAGUUUGCACCGGGACUCCAUUGAACGAGGACAAUUUGUGCAGCAACACUCAUCGCUACUUUGACAUCAACGAUCACCUGUUCUACUUUGGACACCACGUCUCAGAUUACGGUGUUAAUGGAUGUGUAGACCCACCGGAUGAUGAACCAUUAAUAAAUAAUGAAAAUGUUUAAAUAAAUUUAAAAAUGUUG